AUGAAAGCUGCCUUCAAGUGGCUUGGCUCAAGUACCGAGAACCCCUCGAAGCCGGUUCCGCCCUCCUCUCGGCCAUCUGCUGUUACGACCGCCGCCGCCUCUGUGUCAAGUUCUGCCUCUGGUGGGACGGCCGUCGUCGCCACCACUUCUGCCCCUGCCAGCAGCUGCCGCAUCAGCAGUCGCCAGAAUAUCCACCGCGCUGUCAUCGACAACAUUCGCAGAAGUCCCAACGCCGUGGCCUCUGAUAAUUCCAAAAAUUGUUAUCGCGUAUCUUUUGACUCUCCUAGCCGAGUCCCCUCAUCCUCUCCCGCCUCUACGCCUCCAUCUUCUUCCCCGUCCCCGCUGCUUCAGUCGUCGCUCUCGUUGUCUCCCACCCCUCAGCCUGCGACCCCCCACUCAUCCUCGCCUGACGACGCCCAAGGGAUUGCCUUCGCUCACGGCCACCCGUUCAAACACAUUGACGACGACCACAGUUUGCCUUCUUCACCCACUUCACCUGCCUCUCGGCAAACAUUGGCUUCCUCGACCUCGUCACGCAUCCCAGACCAGCCCUCUCCUACCCAUCAUCGCCUUCUUUCUUGCGAUCGAGGUAGUGUUUGGACCUCUGCAGGUGGCGACGACGAUCACCUUUUUCAGAUUGACGAUCCCACCACCUUUUCUCCGGAGCGCUCCAACGUCGGAUUUGAUCCGGAUCUUGAUCUUGACCUUGCCGUAAACAACGAAGGACCUUCCAUCGCCGCUGUGCCUGCUUUAGAUUUCGACAUUGACAUGACUUCCGGUCACUCUUUCGAAUCGGCCAUGGGCCGCGGCCGGCAAGACUCAUUUGUCAGCGCUGGUCCGAAGCCUAUUUCCAUGAUCAACCCAAACCGCGACCCCAACCGGAACCGCCGCGAAAGUCUCGCCAAUAGCCUGAUGGGAGGCGGCAUGAGCUGGGGAGGUUUGUCUGUGAGCAGUUUCAUCCGAGACGAAAUGAUGGGUGUAUCGAUGGGCACGUCGCCUAACAUAGCACACCAAUCUCCAUCUCUUCACUCCACCUCUUAUCUUCCAAAGAUGGAGGCCAACUUCAUGCGCGAUUUCAUGUGCUGUGACCGGGUCUGGCCCACCAUGCACGACCUGUUGCAGCAUUACGAGGAAAGCCAUACCCGCCAGGCCCCUUCAUCUUCCCGACACAUGAGCGGUCCGUCGUUUGCUACGCCAGGAACCAACCAGCGCUCUGCUGCAAACCAGCAUCAUGGGUCUGCAGCAAACAUGGGUGUUACAGGACAGUCAAGCCUUCAGGUUCUGCAACAUGCAGGACAGAUGGGGCAGUCUAACCGAACAGUAUCUCCCAAUACUGGUGUUGGCCUUGGUCUAGGCAUUGGUGUCGGUGGCUUUCAGCAACUGAUUAGACAGCAAGUUCAGCAACCGUCGACUCAGCAGCAGCAACAGAAUCAGCAACAGCAGCAACAGCAGUCGACCCCAAUCGCUCCUAAGCAUCAGCAGCUGUCGCACUUGAAUGAUGAGCUAGAUGCCGUGGGAGACAUGGAGAUGGACGACGCCGUCGGGCCCAUGGAUAUGGAUGACAACCAGCGAACAAUCCAGCAAACGAGACAGCUUUUUGGGCAACAGCGACCCCAGCUAAGCCUCAACAGCCCUCACCAGGCGCUGCGCACGUCUACCCCAACAACGCCAGCAGCAGCGAAUUUCGGCUUUGCAAACAACCCUACUGUCUCGUCUGUAAAUACGCCUACCCUCUCCACCCAGCAGGGCUUUCCGCAGCGGUCCCAGAAUCAAUUUUCCCACGAAUCAUCACCUGACGACAUGGAUGAUGAUGAAGUCCCUGGGAUGCCUAUGAAGAUGAAUUUAGGCAGCAUGAACCUCGAUGGCAACAAUUUUGGCAUGGGCUUUGCCAACAACCUCGGCGGUAUUGACUUCAGCUGCAUCAAUGAUCCUGCAAAGAGCCUUUACAGCCCCAGCGGCGCGUCCACACCACAACUCAACCAACAGCUUGCUCAGCAACUUGCACAGUUUAAUAUCGACCAGGCUCAGUUCCCGCCUGGCACAGACACCACGGCACUUCUGCAACAGAUGAGCGCUGCAUUUUUACUGCCUGAAGAGCCGAAGCCGUACAGGUGUCCAGUCAUUGGUUGUGAAAAGGCAUACAAGAACCAAAAUGGCCUCAAGUACCACAAGGCCCACGGCCACGCAACGCAGCAGCUUCACGAGAACGGUGACGGCACGUUUUCCAUCGUCAAUCCAGAGACUUCGGCCCCCUAUCCUGGCACUCUUGGCAUGGAGAAGGAGAAGCCGUUUAAGUGUGAUGUUUGUGGUAAACGGUACAAGAACCUCAAUGGGCUCAAAUAUCACAAGCAACAUUCUCCAGCUUGCGAUCCUGAACUCCUGGCCCAGCAGCAAAACCUGCUUUCGACGAUGGCGGCGACCCUUGGUCAGAAUCAAAUGAACCUUAACCUCGGCGGCAUGUCAACACUGCCAAAUAUCGGCGAGGAGACCAUGAACUAA